AUGUCCUUAUUUAAGAUCAUCAAUCCAGCAUCAUUUGUCGAAUUAUUAAAAACAACUAAAUCUCAAAGAGUCAUCCCUGUUGAUGCAACUUGGUUUCUACCAAAUUUGAAUAGAAAUGGAUUUCAAGAAUUUAAAGAGAUUGAAAGGAUUCCAGGAUCGAUAUUUUUCGAUAUUGACUCCAUUAAGGAUGUUAAUUCUCCAUAUUCCCAUAUGCUACCAGACUUGCAAUUUUUCAAUAAAUCCAUGAAUAAAUUAGGGGUAAAGAAAGAUGAUAUUUUAGUAGUUUAUGAUAGAAUUGGCAAUUUUAGUGCACCUCGUUGUGCAUGGACUCUAGGAAUCUUUGGUCAUCCUUCAAUUUAUUUAUUGAACAAUUUCCAUAUUUAUAAAGAUUUGGAACAUCCAAUUGAAACCACUAAAGUAACAAAGGAAUCGCCUUACCCCCCAACUGAAUAUAUCUCAACCAUUAAUUUGAAAAAUUCUGAAGUAGUUUCUUAUGAAACUAUGAUGAAAUUAGUCACUUCAGGUGAAUUAUCCAAAAAUUAUAAUGCUUUCGACGCCAGAUCAUUGGCUAGAUUUGAAGGAAAGGCACCAGAACCAAGGCCUGGUAUGCCCUCAGGUCAUAUUUCUGGUGUUCAGCCAUUGCCUUUUACUGAUGUACUUGACUUUGCCAACCAAAGCUAUCCAGAAACAAAAGAAGCUAUGAAGGAGAAAAUAUCAAAAGCAUGUUCUGUCUUAAACAUUACAAUUGACGAAAAUAAGCCUACAAUUGUAAUGUGUGGCACUGGUGUUACCAGUGUAAUUAUAAAAACAGCUUUAGAGAUUGCUGGAUUACAAAACAUUACUGUUUAUGACGGGUCUUGGACUGAAUGGGUGCUCAGAUCCGAUCCAAAGUUUAUUUCUAAAAAUAGAGAUUGA